UCCGGGUCACUCAUUCCCAGCCAGGGUACACAAGUGACAACAUCUCCCGAGACGGAGAGACAACUUUCUGCGUGGACUUUUCCAACUCUGCUGCUGAACUGGCGCCACAAAGAAGACACACAUGACGGAUCUAUGAGCCCACGUGGAUUAGUGGAAACUUUUUAAACGAGAAGGAAUGCAUAUUUUCUUUGUGAAACUAACUUUUUUGUUGUCGCUAAUAGGACUUACACGAGGCCUAAGAUGCUACAUGCCCACCGAGUCGUGUUUGAACCAGGGGAAGUGUGAACCGAGUGCAGACGGGAAUGGCGAGUGCAAAUGCAAAGAUGGGUUCGCUGGUAGUAGGUGCCAGUUUCCAGACCCAUGUACCACCUUGCCCUGCAUGAAUGGAGGCUCCUGCCAAGCUGUGACCAGGGGCAACACCGUGGACUUCAGCUGCACGUGUCUACCAGGCUUCACUGACCGCCGGUGUUUGACUGCUGUUGACAAUGGCUGCAUCAGCAGCCCCUGUCGCAAUGGAGGAAUAUGUGAGCUUCAAAGUGCUCUCAAGUACAGGUGCAGAUGUCCACCUGGAUGGUCAGGUACUUUUUGUGAACAACCCAACCCCUGCGCCUCAAACCCUUGUGCCAAUGGCGGUCAGUGCUCUGUGUAUGGCUCAGGCUACGAGUGCAGGUGCACUUCCUUUUUCUUUGGACCGACCUGCGCAGAGGACGUUAAUGAGUGCGAUGCAAACCCACCACGCUGCAAAAAUGGCGGACUUUGCAUCAACAUGGUGGGAUCAUUCAGAUGCCAGUGCCCACCAGAAUAUAUGGGGAAGUACUGCGAGGGCCGGUAUCAACCCUGCAACCCUCAGCCUUGUCACAAUGGAGGCACCUGCAUUCAGACUGGGGAGAGCAGCUAUGAAUGUUCCUGUGUGCCAGGUUUUACUGGCAAAAACUGCGACCACAACAUCGAUGACUGUCCUGGACACGAGUGCAUGAAUGGUGGGACUUGUGUAGAUGGAGUCAACACAUACAACUGCCAAUGUCCACCAGAAUUUACAGGACAACAUUGUACUGAAGACGUUGAUGAGUGCAAACUGAUGCCCAACACCUGCCAGAAUGGCGGCACAUGCUCCAAUAAAUACGGCAGCUACCAUUGUGUGUGUGUUAAUGGGUGGGCUGGAGACGAAUGCAGCGACAACAUUGAUGAUUGUGCCAGCGCCGCCUGCCACCAUGGCUCCACCUGUCACGACCGCGUUGCCUCUUUCUUCUGCGAGUGUCCACCUGGACGCACAGGUUUGCUGUGUCAGCUGGAUGAUGCAUGCAUCAGCAAUCCCUGUCAGAAGGGGUCCAACUGUGACACCAAUCCCAUCAGUGGAAACCACUACUGCACCUGCCCGACGGGCUUUGUCGGUGCUGCCUGCGACAAGGAUGUCGAUGAGUGUGCAAUUGGUCCCAACAACCCUUGUGAACAUGCUGGGAAAUGCAUCAAUACCAAGGGCUCAUUCCAGUGCAAGUGCCAGCGUGGCUAUAUGGGUGCACGCUGUGAGCUGGACAUCAACGAGUGCUUGUCCAACCCAUGCAUGAACGAGGCCACAUGUCUGGACCAGAUCGGUGACUUCCGCUGUAUCUGCAUGCCAGGCUACGAGGGAGAGUUCUGCGAGAUCGAUACCGACGAAUGCGCCAGCAACCCCUGUCUGAACAACGGCAAGUGUAUCGACAAGAUCAACGCCUACCAUUGCCAGUGCCCCACAGGCUUUACAGGCACUUACUGUCAAAUUGACAACGAUGAGUGUGCAAGUACGCCCUGCAAGAACGGCGGCAGAUGCAUUGACGGACGAAACAAGUACACCUGCGAGUGUACUGAAGGAUACUCUGGUAGACACUGCGAGACUGACAUCAACGAGUGCUACUCUGACCCGUGUCAUUACGGCACCUGCAUCGAUGGCUUAGCCUCCUUCAGCUGCCACUGCAAACCUGGUUACGCUGGUCGUCUGUGUGAGACCAACAUCAACGAGUGUCUGAGCCAGCCGUGCAAGAAUGGGGGCAUCUGCCAGGACAGAGAGAACUCAUACCUAUGCAUCUGCCCUAAAGGCACAACUGGAAUCAACUGUGAAAUAAACAUUGAUGACUGUAUUAGUAAUCCCUGCGAUUACGGGACUUGCAUUGACAAGAUCAAUGGAUACGAAUGCACCUGUGAGCCAGGGUACAGUGGUGCCAUGUGUAACAUCAACAUCGAUGAGUGUGCCAUCAACCCGUGCCAUAAUGGCGGCACCUGCAUUGAUGGCAUCAACACCUUCACCUGCAUCUGCCCGGACGGCUAUCAUGACGCCACCUGCUUCUCUCAGAUCAACGAGUGUCUCAGCAACCCGUGUAUUCACGGCCACUGUGAGGAUAAGAUCAAUGGGUAUAAAUGUCUCUGUGACUCCGGCUGGAACGGCAAAAACUGUGACAUCAACAUCAAUGAGUGCGAGUCCAACCCCUGCAUGAAUGGCGGCACCUGUAAGGACAUGACCAGUGCCUAUGUCUGCACCUGUCGUCAGGGAUUCAGUGGGCCGAACUGCCAGACCAACAUCAACGAGUGUGCCUCCAAUCCGUGCCUCAACCAGGGGACGUGUAUUGAUGACGUCGCCGGUUACAAAUGCAACUGCAUCCUGCCUUACACUGGAGAAAACUGCGAGAAUCUAAUGGACCCUUGCAGCUCUAAUCCCUGCAAAAAUAAUGGCAUUUGUAAAGAGUCGGAGGACUAUCAGAGCUUCUCCUGUGUUUGUCCUGAAGGUUGGCAAGGCCAAACCUGCGAGGUGGACAUCAAAGAGUGCGUGAAGAAUCCAUGUCGCAAUGGAGCCACAUGUGAAAACACCAUGGGAAGUUACCGCUGUGGCUGCAGGCCUGGUUUCACUGGACGCAACUGUGAAAGCAACAUCGAUGACUGCACACCUAACCCCUGCAGCAACGGUGGCCUCUGUAAAGAUGAGGUCAACGGCUUCCUCUGUACCUGCCCACCUGGUUUCAGAGGUACAAAAUGUGAAGAGGACAUCAACGAGUGUGAGAGCAACCCCUGCAAAAACGGCGCCAACUGCACCGACUGCGUCAACAGUUACACCUGCACCUGCCCGCAGGGCUUCAGUGGGAUCCACUGUGAAAUCAACACACCAGACUGCACAGAGAGCUCCUGCUUCAAUGGCGGCUCCUGCAUCGACGGCAUCAACACUUUCACGUGUCUGUGUCCACCUGGUUUCACUGGGAGCUAUUGUCAGCAUGAUAUUAACGAAUGUGACUCCAAACCGUGCCAAAAUGGAGGGACCUGCCAGGACAGUUACGGCACCUACAAGUGUACCUGCCCACAUGGUUACACUGGGCUCAAAUGUCAGAACCUGGUGCGCUGGUGUGACUCGUCCCCUUGUAAGAAUGGGGGAACUUGUUGGCAGACCGGGACAAGCUACAAGUGUGACUGCAGGACGGGCUGGACAGGAUUCUACUGCGAUGUACCGAGUGUUUCAUGUGAGGUUGCCGCUAAACAGAGAGGAGUGGAUGUGGCACAUCUGUGUCAGAACUCGGGCCAGUGUCUGAAUGCUGGAAACAUUCACAAGUGCCACUGUCAGGUCGGUUACACUGGCAGCUACUGUGAGGAGCAAGUGGACGAGUGCACCCCAAACCCCUGCCAAAAUGGUGCCACGUGUACCGACUAUCUAGGCGGAUACAGCUGCCAGUGUAUGCCAGGCUACAUUGGGAAGAACUGCUCCGAUGAGAUCAAUGAGUGCGUCUCCCAGCCGUGCCAGAAUGGGGGCACCUGCAUUGACCUGAUCAAUACCUACAAAUGCUCGUGUCCCAGAGGAACCCAAGGUGUUCACUGUGAGAUCAACACUGACGACUGCAUGCCAUUCGCUGACCCAAUCACCAAGGAGCCAAAGUGUUUCAACAAAGGAAAGUGUGUGGAUCGAGUCGGGGGAUAUCACUGCAUUUGCCCCGCGGGGUAUGUGGGCGAGCGCUGUGAGGGGGACGUCAACGAGUGUCUCUCUAACCCCUGCGACCCGCGGGGGACACACAGCUGCAUCCAGCUCACCAACAACUACAGCUGCGAGUGUCGCACUGGAUUCACUGGGCAACACUGUGAAACUGUUUUUGAUGGCUGCAAAGGAAAACCAUGCCGUAAUGGAGGAACCUGUGCCGUGGCGACUAACACCCCACACGGCUUCAUCUGCAAGUGCCCCAAUGGCUUUGCUGGCUCAAUGUGCGAAUACGACGCACAUGUAUGUGGCAGCGUCCACUGCCGUAACGGUGGGACCUGCAUUUCCGGCCACAAGACUCCUAAGUGUUUGUGCAUUCCCGCGUUCACCGGCUCGGAAUGUCAAUAUCCAACCAACAGCCCGUGCAACUCCAACCCGUGCUACAACGGCGGCACAUGUGAAAACACUUCAGAGGAGCCGUACUACCAGUGCGUCUGUCCAGCCAACUUCAACGGGCUGCGCUGCCACAUCCUGGACUACAGCUUCAAGGGAGGCUGGGGGGACAACAUCACACCUCCGCCUGAGGUAGAGGCGGUCUGUGAGGUGCCACAGUGUGCUGAACGAAUGAACAACAAGGUCUGCGAUGUGAUCUGCAACAAUCAUGCCUGCGGGUGGGACAAUGGCGACUGCUCGCUCAACUUCAACGACCCGUGGAAGCACUGUACCGCCUCUCUGCAGUGCUGGAGGUACUUCAACGACGGGAAGUGUGACUCGCAAUGCAACAACGCUGGAUGCCUUUACGACGGAUUCGACUGCCAGAACCUGGAAAGACAGUGCAACCCCCUGUAUGACCAGUACUGCAAAGACCACUACGCUGACGGCCACUGUGACCAAGGCUGCAACAAUGCUGAGUGUGAAUGGGACGGCUUAGACUGCUCCAACAAAAUGCCUGAGAAACUUGCAGUCGGCCAACUGGUCUUAGUGGUCCACAUCACCCCGGAGCACCUCCUCAACAACUCCUUUGGUUUCCUCCGCGAGCUGAGCCGUGUCCUACGCACCAACGUGGUGUUCAGAAAAGACCUCAAAGGGGAGACAAUGGUGUAUCCCUACUACGGUAAUCAACAGGAGCUCAAAAAGUACAACGUGAAACGCUCUGUGGAUUCGUGGACGGAGGCGCCGGGAGAAGUGCUGAAUGCAGUGAAAAGAAGCUUAUAUCAUGUAGCUGUAGGAGGCGGACGAACCAAGAGGGAGCUGGAUCAUUUACAGAUCAAAGGUUCGAUCGUUCACUUGGAGGUGGACAACCGUCAGUGCUUCCAGCAGUCCGCUGAGUGUUUCCAGAAUACCAACGAUGCCGCUGCCUUCCUCGGCGCCUUGGCUUCCAGCGGCAAGCUGGAUGUUCCCUACACCAUUGAAGCCGUUUACAGUGGUCCUGACAACAUAAAAGGGCAGGACUUCUAUCCGAUCUACCUGGUCCUCGGAAGCGUUGGAAUACUGGCCUUCAUCGGCGUGGGGAUGGUGGCCGCCCGUAAACGGCGCCACGAGCAUGGACGUCUGUGGCUCCCCGAGGGCUUCAAGACCACAGAGACCAGCAAAAAGAAGCGACGCGAGCCCGUCGGUGAAGAUUCGGUCGGAUUAAAACCGCUGAAAAACACCUCUGAUAUUUCACUGAUGGAUGACGCACCCAACGAAUGGGGGGAGGACGAUCCCUCGGACACUAAACGUUUUAGGUAUGACGAGCAGGCUGUCCUAGAGGUGGACGGUCAGACAGACCACCGACAGUGGACCCAGCAGCACCUGGAUGCUGCCGAUUUGCGCAUCCCAUCCAUCGCACCGACUCCACCCCAGGGCGAGAUCGAGAACGACUGCAUGGAUGUGAACGUUCGUGGUCCGGAUGGAUUUACACCGUUAAUGAUCGCAUCCUGCAGCGGAGGCGGAGUGGAAACAGGGAACAGCGAGGAAGAAGAGGACUCCUCGGCCAAUGUGAUCAAUGACUUUAUCUACCAGGGUGCAAACCUACACAAUCAGACAGACCGGACCGGCGAGACGGCGCUUCACCUGGCUGCCCGGUACGCUCGCUCUGAUGCUGCGAAGAGGUUGCUGGAGGCCAGUGCUGACGCCAACAUCCAGGACAACAUGGGGAGGACGCCGCUACAUGCCGCCGUGGCUGCUGAUGCUCAGGGUGUAUUCCAGAUUCUGAUCAGAAACCGGGCCACAGACUUGGACGCUCGCAUGCAUGAUGGCACCACUCCCCUGAUCUUAGCUGCCCGGCUCCCCAUCGGAGGCAUGGUGGAGGAGUUAAUAAACUGCCACGCCGACGUCAAUGCUAUUGAUGACUUUGGUAAAUCAGCGUUGCACUGGGCUGCAGCCGUUAACAACGUGGAGGCUGCUGUCGUGCUACUGAAGAACGGCGCCAACAAGGACAUGCAGAACAACAAGGAGGAAACUCCUCUGUUCCUGGCUGCCCGAGAAGGAAGCUACGAGACGGCCAAGGUUCUGUUGGAUCACUUCGCCAACCGAGAAAUCACUGACCACAUGGACCGGCUGCCCCGGGACAUUGCGGAUGUCAAAAUGCACCAUGACAUCGUAAGGCUGAUGGACGAGUACAACCUGGUACGAAGCCCCCCCAUGCACGGGGGAUCCCUCGGCACCACGUUGUCGCCCCCCCUGUGCUCGCCCAACGGAUACCUCGGGAACAUGAAGCAGCAGCACCAGCAGGGUCAAAGUCACGGCAAGAAAGCCCGGAAGGCCCCAGCCAAGGGGAUCGGCUGCAAGGAUGGCAAAGAGAUGAAAGUGAAGAAGAAGAAUUCGCAGGACGGGAAGUCGAGCAGUCUUCUGGACAGCUCCGCCGUCAUGUCUCCCGUCGACUCGUUGGAGUCGCCGCACGGUUACGUCUCCGACGUGGCCUCGCCGCCGAUGAUGACAUCACCGUUCCAGCAGUCACCGUCUGUCGCUCUCAAUCACCUGCAGGGCAUGACCGACCCGCACCUCAAUCACAUGGUGAUGCCCAACAAGCAAGAGUUGGCGCGGAUGCAGUUCGACCCUCUCCCUCCCCGUCUCACCCAUCUACCCGUCCCUGGCUCUGGCAGUCAGGGCGCCAUGAACGGCCAGUGCGAUUGGCUCUCCAGGAUGCACGGCGGCAUGAGUCAGCAGAGUCAGUUCAACCCGCUCCGAGGCGGCCAGGGAGGUUUGCACCAGGCCGGGCAGCAUGGGAUGAUGACGUCCCUCCACAACAGCCAUCCGGCCAGCCUGUCUCAGAUGAUGACCUACCAGGGAAUCCAGAACAGCCACCUGGGUCCUCAGAGCCACAUGAUCCAGCAAGCCCAGCAGAUGCAGCAGAUGCAGAGUCUGCAGCAGCUCCAGCAGCAGCCCAGCAUCCAGCUUCCCCACCAGAGCUCAACCACCACCAACAGCCAGAGCUUCAUCAGCGGCGACAUCAGCUCCCCGGAGCUCCAGCAGGGGACCGCCAACUCCAACAUGCCCAUUCACACCAUCCUCCCACAGGAGACGCAGAUCAUGCCAUCCACUCAAUUCCUCACUCCUCCCUCCCAGCACAGUUACUCCGGCACCAUGGACAACACCCCAAACCAUCAGGUCCAAGUCUCAGACCACCCUUUCCUCACACCCUCCCCCGGGUCCCCUGAUCAGUGGUCCAUUUCAUCGCCUGUGUCCAACAUUUCCGACUGGUCCGAGGGAAUUUCAAGUCCUCCCACAAGCAUGCCGUCUCAGAUCGGACAUUUACCCAAAUAACCACGUUGUACUUUUCUGCCCGUGUGAGCUGCUGAAUAUAUUUUUCUAAAAAAAAAAAAAAAAAAGAAGGCACUCUGGAAAAAUAAGCAGAUAGAUUUUUUUAAAUAUUUGUUUUUGUACUAACAGCCACACCUGUGUUUCCUUCUUUUUCUUUUAUUUAUUAAUUCUUAUUUAUACUUUUUUUGCCUGCUCAUAGAAAUUUGGGAAAAUCUGGUGGUGUUGGGUGGAAUGCAGACUUAAAGUUCUGCUGUGAAGUCGUGUACACACACUGGGUAUUUAUACACUCAAGGACUCUCUUUUCUUUUCAUUCUUUGUUUAUACUUUGCUAUUGUUUUGUACAUUUUUAUCUCAGUGAUUAUGCUUUCAUAGGGCACAUUAUAAGUGUUGGGAAGAAAAAGUUUUUUUUUCUACACAUGUUGUGCGUGAAGAUUUUUUUUAAUCCCCUUCCUUUUUUUAUUUCGGCAUCAUUCGAUUUGAUUGCAGUCACAUGAGAAGACAAAAAUGUGAUGUGUUGUACAGUUAAAGGCCAUCUUGGAGAUUGGCGGUUACGGCAGGUUUGGAAUCCUGUGACGUUCACACACUGGCCUCUUGGUCACUAUAUAUGUUGUUGCUCUGAGGGAAAAGGAAACUCUAGUUCCCCCCUCCCUCCUAUUAGUUUGAGCCUAUGGCUGUUUCCUCUUUGUGUAAAUAUGUUUUAAAUCUCCCUUGUAAGCAAGAUUUUGUUUAAGAAAUCUGUUGUCUUAAGCAUGCAAUAAUGAGGAGGCUUGCCGAAGCCAACCCCCUCAGAAAAUGUCAAGCAGGACAAAAUAUAUAUUUUAUAUUGUAUUGUCCCAUAUGCAUAAGUAAAUUGAUCUUUAUUAAAAUAUAUAUUGUUAAACGUUUUCUUAUUAAAAUUUAAGAGGUAUGGAUAAUUUCAAAAUUCAGAGGUAUUAACUCUUCUGUUCAUCAUUCAAAUCCUGCAACAGUUUCUAUUUGUUAUCAAGUAUAUUUGGUGAUUUUGAUCAGCCGGUGGAAGAGAUCAUUGUUUAUGCUCCCCACUGUGAUUUGCAAAUACAUGCUAGGAUCCGGUUCAAUUGAUACCUGCAGUAUGUUUUUAUUCUCCAAUGAAAUGUUUUAGCAAAAAUGUAUUUUCCUGUUCAAACUGUAAGAUAUGUUUCUGGACAAAAUAAAGGGCAAAUAUGUGUUCUGAA